AUGUUGAAAACCCUUUUCACUUCUUUCCUCUUCCUUCUCCUUCUCUGCAUCGUCGUCUCCUUUGCUUCUUCUUCUUCUUCUUCUUCUUCUUCUGUUCCCCAAGAAGCCCACUCUCUCCUCCAUUACACCAACCACUCCGAUAACAUUCUUAUUCCACGUUUCCCGAACCAGGCGGAAAAUGGAGCGGCUUCAAGAUUCUUCAAGAAGGCCAAGAAAAGGAGACUAACCAUGAAGAAGAAGAGGACCAGCAAGUACUACUACCCAUCAUCAUCGUCGUCGAGAGUUGCGGCGGCAAGGGCUUUCUCGGCCAUGCUUCCCAAGGGUUUUGUGCCGCCGUCUGGGUCGUCGCCGUGCCAUAACACCUACCCAAAUUCCGUCACCUUCUUCUGUGAUCUUUCUAAUGCCAAGAAACCCUAG